AUGGAUCCACGAAUUUCACCUAUUAAACCCCAUCAAGGCUUUCGCCAAUUACAGCGCCAGAGCCAGCGUCGUUACAAUCCUAGAGCUAAUGGACAUCCUGUCCGAUAUAUUCCUCCAUCAGAUUUGCGACAGUCAAUUUAUGGUCAAAGUGAGGCAACCGAAUCCCGUCGAUAUGAUUAUUCGAGAACUUUUGUUGAACAGGACCAUCAUGAACGUGUUACUCCAUCUUCGCAUAUUAGUAACAACUAUCAGAUGUCUUCGCGGUCAUCAGUGGGUGGUCCAGUUAUUCUUGACACCCACAGUGACAGAUCUCCCUACGUUUGUGUAAGUAUGGACUACGUUCCUGAUCGUGGACGUAUGCUCUGGUCUAGAUGGAUACUUAUCGUGCUCUGUCUCGGUCAGCUCAUUUCAGCAUUUGCUGUCAUUGGUUGCCAUGCAAUUGAUUUUUCCGAGGAUACCAAGUUGGAGGUCGGAGUCUCCUUGGGACUUCUUGCUUUUGGCAAUAUUUUUGCUUCUGGUAUCGUUACUGGGGUUCUCUUUUUCCGUCGUUGGAGAAAUGAGGAAGUGAGGGCCAAAUCGGAAGAUAGCGAGGCGAAUCACGAGGCCUGGAUUUGUACCAAAGUGGCUCUCUCACUCAUCGGAAUGGCUCCUAUUUCAAGGUAUGUGGAACUAUUUGCUGUUUAUCGUCGAUUAAGUAAGUUGGAGAGACGUCUAAAGAAGGAACGGGCUUCUGCUGCAAAUUCAACCAGUGCUCAAAAUCGUGAACUCAUGUCUCAAAGCCCCACUCCUUCGAUAAGUCUGGAUCCGAGUCAGCCGAACAGAGAUCGAGAAAGACUGCAUCGACUUCGGCGUCUUUUUAUCCAGUUAGACUUUGAUGCUUGUGUUGUGGGUCUAGCAAAUGCUACCCUUGGAGCAGGACCUUUUGCCAUAGCUCAAGGGGUCCUCUACCUUCGUAGACUCAUGCUUAAUCGUAUGAUGCCUAAUUCUACUGGUGGAGCAAUACUUGCCUCCUUCAUUUUCUCACUGCUCUGGUUAACUUCUACUGCAUGUCAAUUCCAGCCUGAUGCUCAUUAUCUUCCACCCUCUCAACUACUUAGAAAGGCAGCACAUCAGCACGAUCAUUUGGUCUCAGCAAGCGGAAGAAUAUUACUCUUUUUUGCCCGAGGAUUCCAUAUAACCAUCAGAAUGAUCACUUUUACAUUUUUUGCUGGAUUAUUUGGUUGGAUGCUGGGAGUUGUGGUCAUUGUGCAUGCACUAUUUUAUCUCAUAAUGCUAAUGAUCUAUCGUGGAAAUCGCCCAAUUCUAUCGGCCUCUUAUAAACCUAAUCCAUCAUAUCGCAGACCACUGGAUCAAAGACUUCAGGUAUUCGGUAGUAAUGUAUUCUUACUAUUACGUCUAAGCAUUCUGAAACUAGUCCAUUAUGUUAGGCAGACUGUUAGCUGA